CGUCGACCGUCGACAAGCCCAUAUACACGCCCACUUCGCUCUAGAUCAUCACCAUAGUGAGGACUGUACAGUCUGCGAUUUGAACCUCCGCGCUCCCCGAAACUUGACGCGACCGCCGACGCGAACGCCGAACUUUGCACGAAGCCAAUUGAACGCUGCUCUUUCGAUCUUGCGCACGCGCACGACCUGCGAAAUACCGCCAAUCAAGUCUCAAAAUCGCGAAUUGAACCACCAAAAUGACGAGCACAAUUGGUAUCCCAAUCAAGCUCCUCAAUGAGGCUGCUGGCCACAUCGUCACACUCGAGAUCACUUCUGGGGAGGUCUACCGUGGCAAACUCAUCGAAGCUGAGGACAACAUGAACGUGCAGCUCAAGGACAUCACCGUGACUGCGCGUGACGGCCGUGUAUCGCACCUUGAGCAGGUCUACAUCAGGGGAAGUCACGUGCGCUACUUCAUUGUCCCCGAUAUGCUGAGGAAUGCCCCCAUGUUCCGAUCAAGAGGCACACGAGGCCGUGGUGUUGGCCUGGCGCGAGGUCGCGCCACAGUCAUCAGGGCCAGGGCAAGCGGAGGACGAGGAGGACGUCCUUGAGAGGAGAGAGUUGUGAGGCAUGAAGACUAGAGCAAAAAGCGAGAGAGGACAUACCCCACGCGAAGAGCGUGCGCAAGGGCGAUCAGGACAGGUAUGAGGAUUGCUCUGCCUGAUCAGGAAAAUGCGCUGAACAAACUAGUAGCAAGUUCUUCGAGAACGGUUAACCAAUUCGAGGGUUGAAAAAUUGUCUACGAUGCGAUCGAAGACGCACACAUCGUGCAACAACUACAGCGUGC